GCGGAGAAAGCCAUCCGUAGCUGACGCAAUCCUCAUUCUUUCUUUCGCUAAUUGCAGAGGAAAGGGCGGGAGCGUCCGCCCGUUCUGCUCGUGCAGAUUUACAGGGACGGACCGAGGGCCUGCCUUCCUUCCCGCUCCCCCCCCCUUUAACUUCUCGCCGAGAGCAGCUGCCUGCCUUUCCACCCCCGCCGUUCCGGCAAUGGCUUGUCCUGGAGCAAAAAGCAUAAAGGGAACCGAAGACAAGGACGGACGUCCUUCUCUUUCUGGCGCGCGAGGGGAGCUGAGUUGUCUCGGCGGUUAUGGAGGCAACGAAGCGCACCGGGCUAGGCGCACGGCGAAGCCUCGGCGGGUCCCCGGCCGGAUUUUGGGAGCGCGGCGACGACGACUUCCGGCACCCCUCGUGACGUUUCUCCGGAAAGGCCGCCGAUUGCGAGGCACGCGACCAGGAAAAAGCACAUGGAUGUCAAAUAAUUCCGGCCCUCAACUGUCCCAGGGAAUUCCCGACUCCCCCACCAGGAAGAAAGAGAAAGCCUCCACAAUGGAGGUGGCAGAGAGGCUGAAGGCAAAGGCCAAGGCUCAGUCCACCGGAAAGUCCUCAAAAACAGCAGAAAAGGAGGCUAGCAGGCACCAGGUCCUAGAAAGGGAAUUAUCCAGGGCACGUCAACCGGCUCCAGGGGACGCGGAUAUUAACACAUCUACUCCAACUGUGAUGUCGCUGUGUGAACCCCAGCUAGUUCCCUCUAACCUAGCCCCAAAGGCCUGGUCCCCUCAAAGGGAGGCCGUGCAACUAGAACCCGUCAAAUUUAGCCAGGGUCUAGAAUCGCAGAGGGUUGCCACUCCAGGCACGUUACAAUCUGGGACACAAGCUACCUUUACGCCCACCGCAGCAGGGCUCCGCCCCUCUAAGCCACAGGCAGCGUGGCCUGAUCAAUUUCAGGCCAUGAUUGCUCAGGCCUUUGCUCAGUUUAUGGCCUCUUCAGUUGGUCAGCGGUCCCAACAAGUUCCAGCAGCACCUUCACGACCAUCUCAUCAGGCUGAGGAGCCGGCACCUUUCACAGGCCUGUUUGACCAAUCUUUGUUUGGCCUGCUGCUUCUCAAGGCGUGCUCUUCAGCUAACAUGCCUCAGAACAGGAGGCUCAGCCGGCUCCUUCUACAUCCCAGGGCCCGAACCCACAGUAUUCUGAGCCGGUGGUGACACAGAAGCAUAUUCCUUGCCCCCCCCCCUUCCGCAAUACAGUGCAGAAGCAGUGGGCGAACCUGGGAUCUCUUUCCACUCCGGGGGUCUCAGAGAGAAAUCUAUUUAAUGUGGCACCUUCCUUCGCAUCCUUGCUGGAGGUUCCCCUGAUAGAUGAACCACUAAACUCUCUAUUUUCUAGUUCUACUAUUCCAGGGGAAAUGGCCAAAGCACUCAAAGCAGAAGACAAGAAAUUUGAAUCUGCCCUUUGCAGAUCCCAUCAGGCUUCAGCAUGGGCGGUCAAGGCGUCUACAUCCCUGGCCUUCUUUGCCCGGGUCUCCAUCAUGUGGCUGCGUGAGCUCCAAGACUUGGUGCCCCCUGACCAGGUUUGUGUCCAUCAGACCCUGACUAAGUUAGUGGCCGCAUCGCAGUACAUGGCUGAUGCUUCCCUCCAUGCUGCAAGGUAUUCCUCACGGGCCAUAGCAGCAGACAUCUCAGCCCGUAGGCUUCUAUGGCUCAAGAACUGGCAUGCGGACCUGAAGGCCAAAUGGUGUCUGGCUAUUCAGCCUUAUAAUGGGAGACAUCUCUUUGGUGAAGCCCUCAACCCUUAUCUCGUAGAGGGCAAGGACAAGCGUAAAACCAUGAUAAAAAUGAGUAAGAGAGGGGAUUGGCAAUCAGGUAGCGGUACUUCACACCAUUAUUUUCGCAGGCAGUCCUCCCGUCCAGCUUCGAAUUGGGACUGGCCUCAACCCCCCAGUACCUUUACCCAGAGACCAGACACAGGGCAAAGACACAGUUCCAGACCAAGCAGCCCUUUCAAAGCUCAGGAGGGCAUCCCUUCAGAAGAACCAAGUGACUCCAGGGAUGUUUCCCCCAUAGGUGGUUGACUGUCCCUCUAUGCCAAUGUAUGGGAAGGCACCGCCACAGACUCCUGGGUAUUAAAUACCAUCACUCGUGGUCUAGCCCUGGAAUUCUGAUCCAGUCCUCCAGAACAUUUUCAGUCUUGUCCUACCCCCAAGAACACGAACAAGGCGGACCUCAUGUCAGAGGCCAUUUCCCACUUAUCACAGAUAAGGGCCAUAGAACCAGUGCCAGAAGAUCAGAAGGGGCGGGGAUUUUACUCCAAUCUUUUUGUCAUUCCAAAGACUUUGGGGGGCUAAAGGGCAAUUUUGGAUCUAAAGAGUCUACAUUACUACCUAACUUAUAGGAAGUUCAAGAUGUAGUUGCUUCAAUCAAGCCUAACCAGCAUCAGAAAAGGGGACUUCCUGACAUCAAUAGACUUAACGGAGGCAUACUUGCACAUUCCUAUCCUCCCUGGGCAUCGCAUGUUCCUCAGAUUUUGCUAUGCCCACCAGCAUUAUCAAUACAGAGCCCUUCCAUUUGGUCUCUCCUCGGCCCCCCGGGUUUUAACGAGGAUAUUGGCAGUGCUGGCCGCCCACCUGAGACAAAUUCCAAUCCGUGUCCAGUGCUAUCUGGACGAUAUUCUAAUACAAUCUCCAUCCUUCCAGCAGGCUCAAUCGGACAUAGCCCCCACCAUCAAAAUCCUUCAGACUUACGGGUUUUCUGACAAUUUUCAGAAAAGCCAGACGGUUCCAGCCACCUGUUCUCCUCCAUUUGGGGGCGGUCAUCAACACAAAUGCACAGUCUGUCUGUCACAGGACUGAAAGGACAGCAUACAGGCCCUAGUUCUUUGGGUUCAGAGGGAGCAGGUGGUCUCCCUGGCGUUGUCACAACUCCUUGAGAAGAUGGUGUCCUGUAUAGCAAUUGUACCUUGGGCACGUCUUCACGCCAGGGAACUACAGUGGAUUUUGCUUCCGUUCCAGAGGCUACGCGUCAGUGCCUCCAACUGGAAGGUUCGAGUUCCGUGUCAGGUGUUGAACUCCCUUUGUUGGUGGGCAUCCCCAGCAAUGGCAAGGGUCACCCAGUUCAAGAAACCAGUCAGGAUUACCCUGGCAAUGGACACCAGUCUCUUCGGCUGGGGAGCACACCUUCAGUCAGAAUUGGCUCAGGCCCGGUGGUCCCAGACAGACUUACAGAACAAUAUAAACUGGUUGAAGCUCAGGGCUAUACAUCUAGCCUUAUGCCACUUCAGCAGCAGGAUGGCGGGACAACGUGUCCUUGUGCUGACAGAUAAUUAUUGCUGCAAAGGUUCAUGUGAACAGACGGGGGAACCAGAUCCAGACCUCUCAUGGAAGAGGCCCAUUGGUUGGGGACUUGGGCAGAAAACAAUCUGUCUUCCAUCAGAGCGGAACACAUCUCCGGAGAGGCAAAUCAGCAGGUGGACUCCUUGAGCAGGGCCACAGUGGAUUACUCCAAGUGGUGCCUGGAACCCGACUUGUUCAGGGAGAUCGUGGACAGGUUUGAUAACCCGGUGUUAGACCUCUUUGCCUCCAACCAACUCCAAAGGUUUUUUUCCAGGUUCUCAUCCCGGGGAGCAGAAGGGACGGAUGCCCUCCACAGUCCUUGGCCCAGGAAGCUGUUGUACGCCUUUCAUCCCCUCCCCCUGAUCUUGGCAACAGUCCGCAAGAUUCUGCACGAAUGGGCGGAGGUCAUCCUGAUUGCUUCACAUUGGCCGAGGUGUCCGUGUUUCGCCGACCUGGUGGAGCUUUCCAUCUCUCACCUGUGGAUUCCUACAGAUUGUAUCGUCCUCAGCCAGGGAGUUCUUCAGCAUCCAGAUCCCCAGUGGCUCCAACUAACCUGGCAUUUGAACGGCGGGCCUUGACCCGAAACUCAUAUUCGUUGAGGAUGAUAGCAAUGAUUCCGCAAUCCAGGCGCCCCUCCAUGAAUAGGAUUUAUGAUGCCACAUGGAGGAGUUUCUGUGCCUGGUGUUCAGGUCACAGAGUGGAACUUUCAGACAUCACUAUUCCGGUUGUUCUAGAAUUCCUGAUGGAUGGGUUGGAUAAGGGGUUACCCGCAGACAAGUUUCAGCCCUUUCCACGAUGAUCGUGUGUGACAAUUCCGCCCCCUUGGCGCAACACCCUACGGUGCGUUCCUAAAAGGGACAACCAACACCAAGCCUCCGGCGGUCCGCCAUUAUCCUUGGGACCUACCCCGUGUUUUGCAGGUCCUCGCCACCCUUUGAGCCCAUUACCACGCGCUCCCUGAAACUAUUGUCUAUGAAGGUGGCUUUCCUUGUAGCAGUCACGUCGGCCAGGUGAAUUUCAGAAUUGGCCGCCCUCUCCAUCAGAGAGGACCUGUGUGUUUUCCAUGCAAAUAGGGUGACUCUGCGCCUGGAUCCUUCCUUUGUUCCCAGAAGGUGGUGCUUCCUAGCUUCUGUCCUAAUCCAACUCACGAACUAGAAAAACAAUGGCAUACUCUGGACGUUCGCAGGACCCUGUGGCGUUACAUCAAACCUCUGCCUUCCGUUAAUCCAAGGUACUGUUCAUUACCUUUCAACCCUCGUCCAUGGGUCAGAAGGUUUCCUCCUUGACUGUAGGCAACUGGAUCCAGGAUUGCAUUGCUCAAGCUUAUUGGUCCCAAUCAUUGACCAUCCCCAGUUGCAUCACUGCCCAUUCCACCCGCAGUGCAGCUACAUUGGCAGCUUGGGAUAUCCAGGCACCUAUUGGGGAGAUCUGCAGGGCAGCAACAUGGUCCUCACCUUCCCCGUUUGUCAAGCAUUAUAAGAUUGACAAAUUUGCCUCCUUGGAUGCUUCGGACAGAGGGUGUUACAGCAAGUGGUAUCUACCAGUGGAACUCAGGCCCAAACUGCUUCCCUCCCCCCUUAGGGACAACAGGGCUUUGGUAUGUCCCACUAGUGGAUUUUCCAUCCAAUCUUGCUGGAGAAGGGGUGUUUGUUGUCUUACCUGAACGCCUUUUCUCAGCAUGAUGGAGAAUCCACACCCUCCCCUUUUUAGUAUCUGUUUGGUCCUGUGUACAGGAUAGGAUGAGUACGCGUCAGACUAACGUCUGCGCCUCGCCUUCGUCACAAACGGGUGCUCUUGCACAGCAGAGGCAUAGCAACUUUUUAGACUUAGUCUUAUUGCAGCAGGAAGAUUAAGAUAACCCACUAGUGGAUUCUCCAUCAUCAUGCUGAGAAAAGGCGUUCAGGUAAGACAACGUCCCUCCUCUCCUUUACACUCGGGUAGUAACUAGAAUGUAACAAUACAAGUACUGUAAUGACCUUGUAAAGAUUCAAUUUUUUAGUAUGUUUUUCAGACGUGAACAAGAAAAAGCUGCCAUUUUGAAUGAAAACAAUGCUUAGAAUGCAGUUAAGCUGCCCGGUGGAUUCCUUGACCUUUCCAUCUUCUAAAUUUAUACCUUUCGGUGCUAUUUGAGUUGGUGAUAUUAAAAAGUACAUCAGGAUACAGUUUUGCUGCCUUUCAGUUUGUAGAAUGACUGAUCCAGAAAAUAAAAAGAGAGAAGAUGGGCUUUUUGCAAAAAAACUGGCAAAAGAACCAUUGUUCCGAGGCAGUUUCACAGCAUCUCUGUAAAUUUAUUUCCCAAGAGGAGGGAAAAAAAACUUGAAAAUGGCUUCCGGUUGAAAGAGGCAUUUUUGCUUGUUGCUAUUUUCCAAACAUAAAGGAAACGCUGCAGUUUGAACAUCACACCAUUUCUGAGGCAUAACUGAGACAAUCUUGGACAUCAGCCUGAGUUUCACUUCAGUUUGAGGAAUCCAAAGAUCUGACAGAUUUCCCAAGUGGUAGUCAACUUGAAGAGGAGAGCUAUUCAAAUUCCUAUAUUUUUGAAACACAAGAAGUGAAGAUACAAUGCUCUGAAAACAAAUUUCCUUUUUCACAAUUUGACAUCAAUACUUGAGGGGGCACCAGCUCUGGUGGACAACACUAAAGAGUUUAUUGCUCUCUGCAACAUAGAAUUAAACAUUUUUCAUCUUUAUUUUGUAUCAUGAAAAAAGUUGUUCUGUGCUUAGGUUGUACAAUUUUUUUUUCCUAGAUCUUGCUGCAAGAAUAUGAAUUGUACUCGGACCACCUCCUUGCAACACAGGCUUUUUAUUGCACUACUGGAGGAUGUUAGCACUGAAGUUGAGAACACCAGUUACAUUUCACAAAUAUCAGGUGUUUGAAUAGUACUUGGCUAAUAAAGGAAAGAUAUUGGCUGUAUUUUGAAAUCUGAUGAAAAAGAUAUACAGAGUUUCAGCAUUGAGCAAUUUUGGCUAGUGGACUUAGCUUCUGUAAUUUAAUGUAAAACAUUUCUAUGAAUAUGGCCACAGGUUGUGGUCCUGUUUAUAAAACCACAUACUUUUGAUUGCAUUAAUGAUUCUGAAGUAAGCUAUUUUGUUUUAUCUGUUAACGUAUUGGAUUUUGGUCAGUAAUAAUAAUAAAUAAUAAACCCUUUAUUAUCAAAGUAUAACAUGUAUACAGUGAAAUUGGGUGAGCCUCCCUCUAUGCCCCCCCCUCACCACAAACUUGCGGUGACUACAAACCCCCCAACUUAUUUCACCCUGUGAACUAAUUGCACAUCACGCCGGCCUCACGAGUCUGUCAUGCAUAAAGUUAUAAAGUUAUGUCCCAUUCAGAAGCCUGACAGCUCAUGGAUAAAAGGUGUUCUUCAACCUGUUAGUACAGCUGGCUAUGUUUCUGUAUCUCCUACCCAAUAGUAGGAGAGUAAAAAGGUACCAACCAGGGUGUGAGUCAUCCGAGAAUUUUCCUCACUCUGCCUAGGCAACGGGCCCUGGCGAUGUCAUCUGGUGGAGUCAGAACAGCCCACAAUGCCUUGUGCCGUGCUCACCACUCUCUGCAAUACCUUCCUGUUCACGGCUGUCAGGCCAGCAUACCAAACCACAAUACAAUAUGUGAGAAUGCUUUCAAUAGUAGACCGUUUUCCAGGUAAGAUCUUCACAGAGGUAGACUCCCAGGAAUUUGAAGGAGGAAACUCGCACAGUAACUAUAAUAAGCUAAUUUAAUACUUAUAGCUAUUUAAUAACAGUUCAGAGUUAUUGCAAAUUGGGUGUUUGGCAACCAGCUUGCAUUUAUGACUCCAUGACCUGCAGUCAUGUGAUCACAAUUUGUAAUCUUGCCAGUUUCUAGGAAGCUGGAUUCACUUAAUGAUUGCUGUAAAAAUUAUAAAAUCAUGUCUGGCUCAGUUUAUGACCUCAGUAUUUUACAACAAAUUCUGGUUCCAAUUGUAAGUCGAGCACUAUCUGUAUCUACUGGAGAAUCGUCACUCUGCAACAAAUAGAGCUGGAGAUCAUAGUUCUUAAAAUGGAUCGAUUGUGAAAGCAAAUUCAAAUCAUGAUUUCUGGAUUCUAGUUAAAUCACAAACAUUUCCUUUGUUAGGAAAUGCUACUGCAAAUAUAUUUUAUUUUUGAUCGUUGUAUUUGCAUGAAUCACUUGGCAUUAAAAUUUAUAUAGUCAGAAAAUAGAAAACAUUAACUGAGGAGCAUCUGGGUGACUGCAAGCUGCUAUCUCAUAUAUUCCUAAUUGCACUGAGCAUGCAGAUAACCCGCACUGUCGAUCUUCACAUUAGUCACCUGGGACUAUGUAUUUGCAGAACUGCACACCUGUUGUACGUAGAGAAAUAAUAAAUUGAUAGAGGUACAGAUUUGGAUAGUUUGCCCAAAUAAAAACAAGUACAUGUCACAUCUUUUAGUCUGUAUACAGAAUGAAAUGCUCUCUAAUGAGAUGCAAUUAUUCUGGGCAGAACUGGCUCAAGGGAAAAGCAAGUGGCCGAGAAAAGAUAGGUUUCCUUGAUGUGUGCAGGUAUAGGUAGCAGUUCAGGGCAGAAGUGGCUUGGAAAGGUGAAUGUGGAUAUGCUAUUCUGGGACCUUGUUCCUUAUUGCUGAGACAAUUGCAGUAAGGAAUAAAUAUUGGCCAAUGUGUGGCAGUGCAUUGAGGGAAUAAAACGACAAUGGAAGAUGGAUGGGCAAACUGGCAUGCACACCAUGUGAAGAAGAGUUGGAACAGCCUUAUUCAACUUGUUUUCUAACACUCCAAAAUUUUAUUUAUUUAUUAUAGCCACUAGUGAUCUAGGUAGUUAUGGCCUUACAAGAUUAUUGCAUAGAGUUGAGCUUCAAGCAUUGCAGGCUUUUGUAUCGCUGAAGGAAGCAGGCAGCAGUGGCUUCUGCAGCAGUACCAACUAUCAGAAUGAACUGAUCCAGUGAAACUCUUAUUUAAAUAUCUGGUAGGGUAUAUGCAGGGAGAAAUGUCAGGCCCUUCAGAAGCAGAGCACCUUUUCAGAUUGGGUCCCCUUGACCAUAUAAUUUGCAGUCAACUGAAUAAAAAGGAAGUACAAAAUAAGGCAACAUAUAAAGCAAGACAAUACCAUUGUUAGUAAAACACUUACGUAAAAGCUGCAGCAACCAUUAUAAUCUAUUGGGCAGGUGUCCUGAAUCCAUCCCUUCUAUCCUAAUUUGCUCUUAAGAUGGUAAUGGCGCAGUAGUGAUGCAGUGGUUAAAAUGCAGUAUUGCAGGCUAACUGCCAACUGCCAGCAGUUGGAUCCUGACUGGCUCAAGGUUGAUUUUAUCCUUCUGAGAUCAGUGAAACAAAGACCCAGAUUGUUGGGGGCACUAUACUGACUGUAAACUGCUUACUGCUGUGUAAAGCACUAUGAAGUGGUAUAGAAGUCUUAUUGCUGUUGCUCUAUUUCUGAUCCAAGUGCCUUUUGAUGGCUCAAAGGUAUCUUGACUGAACAAUGGCAACGCUAAUUGUGAUGACAGUGGACCAGCAAGCUGAACUUCCAUAAUAGUGUUUGGUGAGCUUUAUAUCCCUUAUUCUCAUGGUUGCCUUCUGAGCAGAUUCUCUUCUCCUAUGUUGGAUGCAGAGCCAAAUCCACUGUUUUACUUUCCAUGAAAGGAAAAGGGGUAAAAAGUAGUUGAAAUAUCUCUUCACUGUUAAAGUGAAUGAACGGGAAAAAGUUGUGUUCAAAAAGUAUCCCAGAUACAGAAUUUAUAUGUAACAGCACUACAACCUGCACUCUUCAGCAUCUGGCUCCAUGUUUGUGAAAUAUGAGUGGAUUUGUCCUUUCCCCUUGUUUUGAAGGGCUGAGUAGCUGGCAAGAAAAAAAAAAUACUGUAAAAUUUAUCACCCACUUGCAGGAGUGUGCACAAAGUAGAAAAUAUAUUUUGUUCUCUUCCUGCAGAAUAGUUAGUUGAAAGUUUAGCUGAACCUGAACAUCCUGGUAGCCCCAAACUUAGGCUAAUAAAAAUCCAGAGGCAAAUUGAAUUUUCAGGGCAAGCUGGUACAUGUCAGAUCUGGCCAAGAUGGAUUAUAAAAUGAACUAAACUCGUGGAAAAUGGCUAGGCUACCAAUUUGGUCAGGUAAAAAAUUAUAAAGACUUUGUUUUUGAAAGGUUGGAAACCUUACAUGGAGUUUAUGUUGAAAAAAAACUCAACUGAUGAUUUCUCCAUCAGAUUAACAGUCAAAGAGAAUAAGGAAAAGAGUUAUGGCAAUUCCUCAAUAGAAGGGCAGAAGGCAUAACUGUUUUCUUUUUUUCAUUUCACUUUUUUCUUAUUUUCUAUCUUUUGUAUAUUACUGUAUUGUAAAAUUUUAAUAAAUUAACAAAAUCUGGACAAGGA